AUGGCCAUCGGAUUGGGGACUGCUGGCACCUCCGGGAAGAAGUGGCAACGCUUGGAUCCAGGAAGUUCCACUAAUAUCAUACAAUUGAGAGUUCUGGAUCAAGCUAAACUCGCCGGGAGCAUCAUAUCGGCGACAAAGCUCCUUGCUGGAUUCAACCUCGCAAGCGUGACAACCCAAGGGAAAAUUUUACUGCUCACAAAUGUCCAGGGCGUAAUAAAGACGGAUCUCUUCGAAGUAGUAGAUGGAGACAUGAGCUACAAUAUCAUCCUGGGAAGGCCAUGGAUGCACGAGAUGAAAGUUGUGCCUUCAACGUACCACCAAUCGCUGAAAUUUCCAACACCUGAGGGGAUUAAGAAGAUAAGAGGUGACCAACCGGCAACAAGAAAGAUGAAUGCGAUCUCAGUCUCCCAUAGUAAGGGAAAGGAACCGGCGGCAUAA